AUGGAUCUGCCACGGCUUCCCUUUUCUCCAGGGCGCAUCUUUUCUGAGGCCAGGAGGGCUCCCCUGAAUUUUGGCUGCACUUCUGCUGUUCUUUCUUCUUCACAGAACAGAAGUGAAGAAAAUCACUUAAUCAGGGUUUUAGAGGAACAAAAUUGGCAAUCUGCUUCUGAACUGCCCCUAAUAUCUGCACAGGCAAACUGCCGCCUCCGGAGGGCGAUAAGCGAAGAAUGUCCAUUAAUCAAGACGACUACUCAACGGCGGAAACCCUAAUUAUCUUCGACCGGCCUAUACCUCUCAUCCGACGACCCAUACUAGCCGGAGCCGGAACAGACGAUUCCAUCGUCCUCGGUUUUAAAGACCCUCAAUCUUGGACAUCCGCAUACAAAUCGUGUGAGUCCAAUAUCAUACAACAAUGCGAGGCCGGUGUUCGGAUCGGUUGUUCCGUGAGCGCGUCCAGCAAGUGCGCCCCACCAUGGUGGAAAUCUAUGAUCGGCGGUGGUGUAUCCAAAGAAGAAUUAAUCGAGAGAGAAAAGUGCGAAGAACGAGAAAUGGCGGAAUGUUUCGAAACUUCGAGAAUGAAUUGUCGUAAAUUUGCAGAAGAUAAGUGUUUGCCGGCGUUUAGAGAUGCUCGAAUUGUGGUAAAAGCCGACAGUGGUGAUGAAAAAGUGAAGAAGUGUGUGUCGGAGUUGAUUGGUAGGGUUUGUUUGGGGGAAAAUCAAAAGAGGGUUGGUGGUGUUGAGUUGUGGACAUUGAAAGGUUCUUGGACAGAAAUCAAAUCUAGAAUUGGAUUUACGAUUCUUAGAGGAAGUGAUCUGCUUGAGAAGCAGCUCUGAAGAGAAAAAUCGGCCAUGAUUCAGAUUUGGGAGCAGAAUUUGCAAAGGAUCCAUCCAAAUCCAAGAGACCUUAUACAAUGGUAAUUUUUGUUUAUACUAGUUGUUAAUUAGUUAGGAUCAAUAGUUGUAAUAAAGCCUUGAAAAUUUUCUAGAUAAAUAUGCUUACAUGUUCCAAUACACACCUUGUGCUUUCUUUGUGUUUAAAAUCUUGAUGGCGUUGUGUUUGCCAUGGUUUAUGAUAUGAUAGGA